CGGCGCUUCCACCGCUGCCCUCGGACUGCAGUGACCCGCGUUCCGCCCCGCUUCGCGGCGGCCGCCCGGCCUCGCCGUCCGUGUCCGCGCCGCUGCCGCCGCCGCCGCCCGUCCCACCGGCGCCCGAGCACCGCGACUUCCCUCGGCCAGACUCCCCGGCGGGGUGGCGGCGCCCGGGUCCCCACGGUGGCGGCCGGAGCAGCGGCUGCAGGAGCCCGGCUCUAGGAUGAAGUUCAAGCCCAACCAGACGCGGACGUACGACCGCGAGGGCUUCAAGAAGCGGGCGGCCUGCCUGUGCUUCCGCAGCGAGCAGGAGGACGAGGUGCUGUUGGUGAGUAGCAGCCGCUACCCAGACCAGUGGAUUGUCCCGGGAGGAGGCAUGGAGCCGGAGGAGGAGCCCGGCGGUGCUGCUGUGAGGGAAGUGUAUGAAGAGGCUGGAGUCAAAGGAAAAUUAGGCAGACUCCUGGGAAUAUUUGAGCAGAAUCAAGACCGGAAGCACAGGACGUAUGUUUAUGUUCUGACAGUCACCGAAAUAUUGGAAGACUGGGAAGACUCUGUGAAUAUAGGAAGGAAGAGAGAGUGGUUCAAAGUGGAAGAUGCCAUCAGGGUUCUCCAGUGUCACAAGCCUGUCCACGCAGAGUACCUGGAGAGGCUGAAGCUGGGGUGCUCUCCGAGCAAUGGGAAUUCCACGGCUCCGCCCCUCCCAGAUACCAACGCCUUGUUUGUGACUGCUGCACAGCCCUCUGCGGUGCCGUCCAGCAUAAGAUAGAGAGCUGGGCCCCUCCCCAUGUGUCACAGCACACGUCCCAAGGAGGUUUUUUUUACUUUUCUUCUAACACAUCUGACUGCUGCUGGCGAACUCUAUUUGCUAUGCAGGGAUUUAAAAUAAUUUGCAUGUAUUUCAUCUGCUUUCAAGUCUUUUAAAAUAAAUAACAAAAUAGCAAAAAUAUUUUAAGAUGCCAAAGUCAUGUGGAAUUUUUUUAAAGCCUUAAUUGUACCCCAUUACUUUGGUUUUCAUUUUUAUAACCUUUUUAAAAUUUUCACUUUUGUCCACUUAACAUUCUAUGGUUUAUUUUGACAGAUCAACUGGUUGUUGGGUAUAUUUUUUGCCCUAAGUUUUUUUUUUCUUACAGUAUCAUAUAGACACCAAAUCUUUGUUGGGAAUGAAUGAAAAAUUCUUGGUAUUUAAAGAAAUAUAUCUAUCCCAAAACUUAAAGAGAGUAGUAUUCUCCAUUUGUAAGCUGCAGAUUUGGGCUGUUUUUGUAUGGGCCAGUAGCCUUUGACAAAGCACUUCAGCUUACUAUUUCUGAGAAUUUGUUCACAGCCAGAAUUAUGUCACAGUCAGUGUACUAGGACCGUUUCCCCUCUGACACAAGGAUUUGAUGUGAAAGAGUGCGCCAUUUUUUUUAGGGCAAACUGUCAGCACUAGCGUGUGGCUCGGCACGGCUCAUCCUGAAAUUGUGUUUGUAGAAAUCCAUCUAGCACACGCAGCUGCUACUGUCCUUUCUAGCCCUUUGACAUAGAUUAUAUUAGGGGCCACAUCUCCCUCAAUGGCAAGUGCUCUUUAAAUAUAUUUUCCGUUUCUGAUUUAAGACAUUGUUUACCACUGGGCUAGACUCUAACCUUGGAUGCCAGUCAGUGACUUUUCACACUAAUAAAAUGGCUGUUCUUAGUGUUCUUAGGCCUAAGACACUGUCUUGAGUGUCAGCAGUAAGUGAUGUCAGGUAAGCUGACUGUGCGGGAACUACAACAUUCUAGCCGAGAAUUAUCGCACCUUGUGUUCGUGCUCACUCAAAGUUGGCCACCCCAUGAAAAAGGACUAACUUCCUCCGUGAAGUCAUGGAGGACGUGAAGUGGGAGGAGAAGAGGAAAAGAUCUUUAGCCAUUAUUAGCCUAUUGUAAAUACUCAACUGGCAAGCAUAAAUCAGUAAAGACAUUUGUUCCUUGGCUUGUUAACCUUUAAAGUGUGGUGCCGCUGCUGAAGGGGGCUUUGCCUGUAAAGAAAACAGGCGCCACAGAUGCAGAACUAAAAAUAUUAGGUUCUAAAGCAGAAGACCUCAGCCAGCCGGUAGCAUUCAUCCGAAAUUAUGUCUUGUAACCAAGCAGGAUAGUCCAGACCUUUUAUAUUUUACUUUGUACAGAGGUCAUGUACUCUGGGUGUUUUAAAAGAAACAUUUUAAAGAAACCCACGGAUUGACAUUUUCUAUCUUUUUUGUUUUCUCAUGAUUCUCUGCAAUUUCUUCAUGUACUAAACACAACAGAGGAACUGGACUGUUUUGUAUAGAAUACUGCUAAUAAAUCCUCGUAAGUGCUUGGGGGGGUUAUAUGGACAUGAUACUCUUGAGGUAAUAAUGCAUGAACCUAUUUUAUAAACUGUGUAUUGCCAUGUAAAAUAUGUACAGUAUUAAUGUCAACCAUCUCUUUAAAAGUUAGCCUAUAAAUAUUGUAUAAUUUCUUUGGUCAGAAACAUUUGGACUAAGUCGUGUCACCUGGGUCAGGAUUUUCUUCAGUGCCAUUUAGCAAACUGUCUUUCCUUAAAGAUUCAUGGAAUGUAACUGAUUGCAGCUUUGCUGUUAGAUUUCACCUGAGGGUUCCUCAUUAUUCUUCUGGAAUCCAGACUUGCAAGAUAUAAAGGAAACUGAAUCUACUAGAGAGAAUGCCUGCCAGGCUGGCCGCCUGCGGAGCGGAGACGGCUGCUUGUGCUUAUUUUCGCAGUCGCCGAAGAAAAUGGGCAGCUAAUUUCUCCAGUUCCAUGUGCCUAAGUUUAAAAGAAAAAAGCAAAGUAGCUUGUUAGAAAUUGACUUGCAGAAAAGUAGAAAGUGCUGUGUGGUAGUGAAGAAAAUGGCAUUUUCCCACCACACACAAGCCAUCCAGCUUUGUCACACAGUAUGAAGCAGCAAAGGUGAAGGAGAGAGAUGGCUAUGUGGACAAGAAUCGCUCUGCAUGGUAUCAUCUGAGAUGGUUUCAUUCGAACUGUUGUAAGAAUCUUGACUUUCUUUUUUACAUUUGGAAACAUCAAAUAAAAAUGGAAACAAUAAAAAAAAAAAAAAAAAAAAAAAAAAAAAAAAAAAAAAAAAAAAAAAAAAAAAAAAAAAAGAAAA